AUUUUUGGGAAAGAAUAGUUUCAUAUUUUUUGUAUAGUUUGAGAGUAAUAUACUUGUCAAACAAAAGAAAGCAGAAAAGAGGAGUCUCUUUAAACGAUUCAAAGCUCUUAGCCGUCGACUGCCGCUUUGAGAAAAUAUCUGUAUAUAUUUCUUUUGAAGUGAAAAGAAAUACUACUGUCAAUGGAAAUACUAAUUAGCUUUUCAAUUUUUAUUGCGUCUAUCCUAAGUCUUCUUUACCUUCUCAAUUUAUUUACAAGAAACAGAACAAAGACGUUAAAUCUUCCUCCCGGCAGCUACGGGUGGCCAGUGAUCGGAGAAACUCCAGAGUUUCUCCGAUCAAGACGGGACGGAAGCCCAGAGAAAUUUGUGACAGACAGAAUAGAGAAGUAUCAAUCUCAGAUUUUCAAGACUUGUAUAGUGGGUGAAAAAGUUGCUGUGUUAUGUGGCCCUGCUGGAAACAAGUUCUUGUUUGGAAAUGAAAAUAAGUUGGUCAAUGUUUGGUGGCCAAGUUCUGUGAGACAACUGCUUGGAUCGUGUUUGUCUACUAUUUCUGGGGAAGAAGCUAAGCUCAUGAGGAAGAUGCUGACCUAUUUUGUUAGCCCAGAUGCUUUCUCUAAGCUCUAUAUUAAGACCAUGGAAUUGAGCACUCAGCAACAUAUCAAGAAUUAUUGGCAAGGUAAAGAGGAGUUGAAAGUCUUCCCAACUAUCAAGUUACACACCUUUGAGUUGGCAUGUCGUCUAUUCAUGAGCUUAGAAGACACAAAUCGCAUUUCAAAUCUCUUCAAUCUGUUCAACAUUUUCUUGAAAGGAGUCUUAUCAUUGGCUCUGAAUUUCCCUGGAACAAGAUUUUAUCAUGCAAAGAAAGCAACAAAUUCUAUACGAAAAGAACUCGUGUUGAUUGUCCAGCAGAGAAGAGAGGCCUUAGAACAGAAAUUAUUAGUUUGUCCUCCCCAAGAUCUUCUCUCACAUUUGCUUCUAUUUCCGGACGAGAACGGUAAAUUCAUGUCUGAACUGGAGUUAGCAAAUAACAUACUGUUGCUGCUCUUUGCUGGCCAUGAUACUACCAGUGUUACUAUAACAUUGGUUAUGAAGUAUCUUGGAGAGUUACCUCAUGUUUACGAUAAAGUUUUGCAAGAACAAAAAGAGAUUGCAUCAUUAAAAGGAGGAAGGGAAUACUUGAAUUGGGAUGAUAUGCAGAAGAUGAAGUAUACAUGGGAUGUAGUAUCUGAAGUUCUCAGGCUAACAUCACCAAUCACUGGAAGUUUCAGAGAAGCACUAGUAAAUUUGGACUACCAAGGUUACAUCAUUCCAAAAGGAUGGAAGCUAUAUUGGAACGGCGUUGUAACACACAUGGACCCUAAGUUCUUUCCCAACACCAAAAACUUUGAUCCAUCAAGAUUUGAAGGAGCAGGGCCGACGCCAUUUUCAUAUGUUCCAUUCGGGGGAGGGCCUAGAAUGUGCUUGGGCAAAGAGUUUGCGCGGCUUGAGAUUCUUGUUUUUAUCCACAAUGUAGUCAAAGAUUUCAGAUGGAAACUAUUGAUUCCGACUGAGAAAAUAGAAUAUGAUCCUAUGCCCACCCCAAUUGAAGGACUUCCAGUACUACUUCAACCUCACAACCCUUAAAAGAGUUUGCUUUAAUUUCCCUUUCAUUAUGUUCUGAUUGAUGCUAAGAGAAAAGAAGGUAAUACCAGAAACAGAUGUUCAGUUCUAUAUGAGAAACGUAAAAGGUAAAAGAAAGCUUCUGAUGAGUGUGGAUGGAUCUUCAUCUCAUAUUCAACAUUUCAACUUUUUCUUUUUCUCUUUAUUUAUCAUUUUGGUAAAACUCAAGUAGUCAUGAUAUGUUGAAGCAAAAGAUAGCAGUAAAUGAUUUGUCACAAUUCAUAGCACGGCUAUAGCUGGCUUAUGAAUAUAUUUGAGAACUUAGUUACAUUCCACGAUACUUUAUUCAACCAGAAAUGUGGUCCCUUCAGUUCACUACAAGAAAACACAGUAAAUUCAA